AGAGAGAGAGAGAGAGAGAGAGAGAGAGAGAGAGAGAGUAGGGGGUGGGCAGGCAAAACAAACCACAUGCAUAAGGAGGGAGCCAGAGGCGGUGUGUGUGUGUGUGUGUGUGUGUGAGUGUGCAUGUAUGUGUGAAAACACUGCGCAUGUGUGACUGUGAGGCGCACUGACUGGAGCAGACGGAGAAGGAGAAAGAGGAGUAAUGAACGGCAGCUGAGACAGGAGGAGAGAUAACAGCAGAGAAGAGGAAAAGAAGGAGACAAGAGGUUUACCUGAAGACCAGACGAAAGAGACGAGCAGAAAGACAGGAAGGAAGAGAAGAGGGACGUACAUGCAGAGAAACACAACGCAGAAGCUCAGGUCACUGCACAGAAUAAGCUGAAUAAUUUGAGAGGCUUAGGAAGCGGGAUGGAGAAAGAGAGACCAGAGGGAGAUGCUCUGCCCCAGCAUGGAAGAGAAGGAGCAGGGGUGGGUGAGUAAAGGACAAAGGUACCAGAGAGGAGAGCAAUAGAGGAACGAGUGAUGCGGAGCUCGACAAAAGCAGCCCUGGACGUGACGCAUCCACCUUGUAACAGCUUCCUCCAUCUUACAUCUCCUCCAUGUUUGCCUCCCUUCACUGCUGCUCAUUGUUCAUCCUGCUAGAAUUGAAUGGACAAGAGAGAGCAUUCUCCCUCUGGUGAGACAUCCCCCUGAACAAAGAGACUGAACAGCUUAUCUUCACAGAACAGCAUCAACAACAUCGACAGCAACAACUGGAACAGGAGCGAGGAGGAGAGAAAGGACUGGAACAAGACUAGUGCGUAGGCAGACAGGUAGAUGGACCAAAGGAAUCCUGAGGACACGUUAUGAGUCUGAGUCACUGAAAAAGAGGAGACAAGCACACAGAGGCACCCCUUCAGACUGUUAUCACUUCUUCUACUCAGUUGGGAGGACUGUCUGAAAGUACAAACUCCCACCUCUGAGGAAUUCAGGAGCCUUGGAGCUUGAAGGAGUCAUUCCAACAGCUUUCUGGAACAUUAUAGGACACCUCCUAAAAAAAGACCUCCUCCCUGUUUCUUAUCAACAAGCCACUGAGAGGCUCACACAGGGUCACCAGACCAAACUGGUCUAAGAGCACAGAGAAAGACUGGAGGUUAUUCUUUCUUUCUCACACACUCAAGUCGGUGUGUAACGGCACCCGCAGCCAAAAACAGGAAGUUAAGCGGGCGUUUAAGCUAGAACCACGUGUAAAGGCUAGUUUGAAACGGCAAGAGUUUCCUUGGCAGGCCACAGGAUAUAGUUUAAGACAAUACCUCUUGGCCAUUUCUGAACUGCCUGAACUCAAUCCCCUCACGCUGUAAAAGCAGAAAUCCACCAACCUGUACUGUAUGUAUAUAUGUGAGCAUCUGUGUGCAUAUGAGAUUAUUUAUUAGUGUCAUCAGUGAGAGAGAACAUGUGUUUGUGCUUAAGUACUAACUGUCCUUGUGUGUGAAUAUAUGUUUCUGCAAAUAGCCAUCAGAGACAGCACAGGAACAUCAGCAUAAGUGAGUAAAAACAACAAAAAACUACCUUUAAGUAGUCAACACUGGUCAGAUACUGUAAGCUGGACUGUUAAAUUAUCUGUCCAUAUCAGCGGUGACAGAGUAAGAGCUGCAGAUUGAGGUGCUCUGGCUGAGCUCUUCUAUCUGUCUUCUCCUCAUAAAGACUCAGGCUGACAGUAGCGCCCACCAGGCGGGGGAUCUCUGAGGGAAACAUGGAGGCAACCAUCCGUCCCCAUGUCCCCUCGAAUGGCUGACUUAAAAAAAAGAGCCUAAUCUUUUUUCCCCUUGCCCAGAACCAGGCAGAGGUGUUCAGCGCUGAUUAGAGCCACAACCCCUCUCUCUUCCACCUCAAAAAACGUGCGGAUGUCCUGCCUCAGGCGUCAGCCCGUCACCAUCCCCAUGGACACCGUUAAGAUCAUCCAGUCAGAGAAGUUCCCCAGAGAGUGCCCUGUGCCCGCCACCCAGCCGCGCUAUGCCCCACCCCCCAGAGUGGCGUGGGACGGCGGAGGUGAAGGCGAAAUCAUCGUCAACCAGGCCUGCAGCGACCUGGCCCUGGAGAUUACAGGGUCUCCCAGGCCAAUGGUGUCCCCCUCGGCCCCCGUGAUGCGCAGGGAGCAGAGCUUCCUAGCGCAGCGCAAAACCAGUGCCAACGAAAUCUGCUACCACCAGUUCCACUACAAGAUGGAAGACGUCAUAGUCAACCAGUACGUGCUGCGGCCCUCAUCCACCUCCUCCUCCACUUCCUCCUCCUCUUCCUCCUCGGGACCCGUCAUGCCCUGCGAGCCCUUGGACUGCCCCACCUGCGGUCACACCUACAACUUUGCCGGCAAGCGUCCACGCAUCCUCUCCUGCCUGCACUCGGUGUGUGAGGAGUGCCUGCAGAUCCUCUACGAGUCCUGUCCCAAGUACAAGUUCAUCUCCUGCCCCACGUGCAGGCGCGAGACAGUGCUGUUCACAGACUAUGGGCUGGCUGCCCUGGCCAUCAACACCAGCAUCCUGAGCCGCCUGCCCUCUGACCCCAACGGGCCCGUGCAGUGGGGCGGGGACGCCGACCGCAGCUGCUACCAGACUGUGCGCCAAUACUGCCAGUCAGCCUGCACCUGCCAGAUCGCCAACCCCUUGUCCUCCUGUGGCAUCAUGUAGACAAGGGGGGACACUGCAGGCAUGACUCUACGCUGGCCCCCCCUCCACCACUCUUUUCAUCUGUAAGCUCUACCCUUUCUGCCAAUCCCCUCUCUCACAAACACAUUCAGUAAAUAAAUUCCUCCACAGAUGUUAUCUCUAUAUAUUUAAUAGCACAGAUGGAUGCUAUGUGGGACUAAUGGAUGCAUAUGGUUCAAGAUAUAGUAAAUAAAUGUAUUUUAUGUAUGGACUGGAAUCCUAUUCACCCUCUCUCAUUUGGUUGGAUGUGUUUGUCAUUGACAUCUCUUUACGUGGGAAUGCCAGGGGAGGUUUAUCCCCCCAACCUAGGUGAAUAAAGAUUAAAUAAAUGAUAAAA